AUGCCUUCAGUUCUCAUCUUCGGUGGCGGCGGUAACUUGGCCAAAUUCAUCACAGAACGUUUGAUCAAGAAAGAUUACACAGUAUAUUCCGUCAUCCGGCAACAAGAGCACAUCCCCACUCUUCAACAACUUGGGGCUGAACCUAUCGUCCAAUCUUUGGAAGAAUCCUCGGUGGCUGACCUCGCGAGUAUCAUCAAAUCCAAGACACCAGAUACCAUCAUCUUCGCAGCAGGAGGCGGUAUGCGGGCAAUGAAAGACCCGAGUGUCAGUGAGAGAGUUGACCGCGACGGAGCGAUCAAAGUGUUUGAUGCGGUGGCGGAGGCGGGAUGUACCAAACGUCUCAUAUUGAUUUCUACCAUUGAUGCGAGAAAUCGCAAUACGAGUGCGCCUACUUGGUACACCGCAGAGGAUCUGGAGACUUGUACGCAGUUAUGGGGUAUGUUACCGGGAUACAUGACGUCCAAGUAUGAGGCGGAUAAAAAUCUGGUUAAAGGGAAUGGGAAGCGAGGGUUGGAAUAUACGAUUGUUAGACCUACAUGGUAUAAUGAGGGUGGAUGGACUGGAAAGGUGGCAGCUGGAAAGGUUGGCACGGCGCCAAAGGUUAGCCGUGAGGAUGUUGCUGAUGUGUUUGUUGAAUGUGUGGAGGAUAGUGGUACUAUUGGGACGAUUUUUGAGGUCAAAGGUGGUGAUGUUCCUGUCAAAGAUGCUGUAAGACGUGUUGCUGCGGACAAGAUCGAUGUUUUUGAGGAGUGUUACAGAUGA